AUGGGUAAUUUUAGGUUUCCAGUUAAGGUUAAAUUACCACCACUAUAUGUUAAUGCCAGAGUAUUGAGAGAUAAUUUUAAAAGACAACAAUUUAAAGAUACUGAAAUUACACAACAGGCUUUAAAAUACAUUACUAGAAAUACUACUCUACCACCAAGGGUUAGAUUAGAAGCUCAAUUACAGUUAAGCGUUAUGCCUAAUUACACCAGAUUUACACAGAUUAAAAACAGAUGUGUUUUAACUGGUCAUUCAAGAAGUGUUUUAAAUGACUUUAGAUUGUGUAGAACUCAAUUUAGAGAAUUAGCUAGGCAAGGUGAGUUACCAGGCGUUAAGAAGGGUGUCUGGUAA